AUGGACCAGCCGAGCGAGCCCAACAAUGCUGCCUUGUAUGCGCGGAGGCGACGGAGCUCUCUUGGGACGUCGCAGCUUAUUGAGAACAUCGUAUCCGCAUCUAACUUCGACAAGGACGAAGUAGACCGACUCCGCAAACGAUUCAUGAAACUGGACAAGGAUAACUCUGGUACAAUUGAUCGUGAAGAGUUCCUCUCCCUCCCACAAGUUUCCUCGAACCCCCUUGCGACACGAAUGAUCGCAAUCUUCGACGAAGACGGUGGUGGCGACGUCGAUUUUCAAGAAUUCGUCUCCGGCUUAUCAGCUUUCAGCUCCAAGGGCAACAAGGAAGAAAAACUCCGGUUCGCAUUCAAGGUCUACGACAUCGAUCGCGACGGGUACAUUUCCAACGGCGAGCUCUUUAUCGUGCUGAAGAUGAUGGUUGGCAAUAACUUGAAGGACGUGCAGCUGCAGCAGAUUGUCGAUAAGACGAUCAUGGAGGCGGAUAAGGAUCGCGAUGGCAAGAUCAGCUUCGAGGAGUUUACUGAGAUGGUGGAGAAUACGGAUAUUAAUUUGAGUAUGACGUUGAGCCAAAUCUAA